CAGUCGGCCUUGGAAACAUGGCGUCGCACUGACAGCCUGCUGACUUGUUAUCUCCUCCAGGGCGCUGACACAGCAGCCGAGCCGGCGGCGGGGCUCGCCACACUCACAUUUGAACUGUGUACAUGAGAUCGCCGUAGAUGCCGUUUUCGUCCCGAGAGGACGGUCGUCGCACAGGCGCGACACAAUAAUAGCGGAUUUAGUGCAGGUGUCACGCCCACCAGCACCAGCAGCUCCGGUCACUAACGCGGUGAGUGCGUUAGCUCCGCUCCGGCUAACCCAGCAGCUGCUAGCGGGGCAGGUGAGCCCCGGGAUGAGCACCUGCAGCCGCCGCUCCCUCACCACCCCGGCCGUGCUCCGUUAGCUCCUAAACCGGCGUCACAGUCCGAUCAGACGGUCAUGUUUUUGUACUAGCUGACUGACUUGACUAGGGCGUUUUUUUCUGUCAUUCUGGCACUGAAUUUUUAAUGUUCGACCCUUUUGGCAUCAUUGUCGGAGGAGAGAGCAAUGGGCUCCGGGGCCGUGGAUUCGUCCCAGUGGCUCUCGGUGAAGGAGGAGACUAUAUUUCUCCACGACGGACUCAUUCGGGUCACGGACCUGGCAGAGCUGCCCAGUGAGAUCGGAGUUUCAGAGCAGGGCGACACCGAACAAGAGAUUCUGACGUUUGAGACAAAGAACCCUGUAGAGCUUGCCGAACGUCUGCGUGCUGUCUGUGGGAAUCAGAGCAAUGCAUACGCCCGUCUACUGGAGUACCGCCUCAAUGCUCUGCGUGGCCUGUGGGGGGCGCAGCGGCAGUUGGCCCUGGAGGAGCAGCAGGAGCGAGAGGGAACUGGAGGGGCUGAUGAGGAGACCUUGGCUUUGCUCAAAAGACAAGGUCUGCUCCAGCAACCUGAGCAGGCGCCCUUCACUUCCCGUGUCGGUCUGCUGCUGGUCUUCCCCCUGUUGCAGUCCCAAACUCGCAGUGACCCGGCACUCUGUGGUGUCACUGCAGAAGUACUGCUAGCUUGCCUCCGGGACUGUCAGCCGCUCAGCCUCAGCAAAGAGCCCGCUGACUGCCUCAAUGGCUUGGAAGGACUGCUUUGUUCCUGGCUGGAAGAUGGUGCCCAGGAGUCAGGCCAACCUCGGUCACAAAUUCUACACACUCAAAGACAGCGGGAAAAUGCUGCUGCUGCACUAGUGGCCCUCGCAUGUGCCAGGGGUUCCUUGAAGACCUUCAUCCACACAGUUCACCUGCUGCAGAAACAAUCUGAUCUGGGCCAGCUCUCUGUAUCAGAUGUUCUUUACAGACUUUUGCUCCUUGAAGGAGGCCCAGGCUCUCCAUCCUGCCUCUUGGGGGGCAAACACAGUGUGUCCUGGGGUUUUGAGGACAUGCUUCCCACACCUGAUAAUUCUGCUGGAGGGACAGAGAGUAAAGACACAGACUUAGGGCGCUGUCUGGCCACAGACGGGCUAUAUCUAUAUACCACUAAUUCCUGUGGGAGAGGACUCGGCAAGCUGGGCUCUGGUUUACAUGGGACACUGAGGGGUUUUGUGUAUUGUCGAAAUGAAGAGUUGGAGCCUGGCUGGGUGGUGUUCAGCAACGGUCGCCUCCUCCACCGUCCUGCCUCUUUUGAUGCCAAGCCUCAUCAGCUGUGCCAGGUCAUUGACCCCUUCACCCUCCAGGUGUGCCAGAUUGUGCCCAUGCCAACCCAUCACUUUCCUGUGGGCAGCAGCAUGACCACGCUGCAUCUAUGCUCAGAUGGAAGCUACUUGUAUUGGGUCUGGUCUCCAGCAAGUCUCAAUGAGAAGACACAGAAAGGUCACUCCGUCUUCAUGGAUGUGUUUCACCUAACAACACAAACAGGGUUGUGUGUUGCUGACAUCUUGCAGGAAAGGGUAAUUCUUACUCGUAAAGAAGGCGAGUCUUCCAAGUGCUUGAAUGAACUGCUCUUGAGUCGAAUGUCACGCUUCCGGGCCUCCCAUUCUGCCACAUUGGCUGCUCUCACAGGAUCUGCAAUCACCAACACAGUCAAAGAAGAACAGUCUGCUGUCAACACAAGCUGUGGACUCCCUCUGAAGAUUUUGAGGAAGACUCCAAUGUAUGUGUGUGGAACCUAUCUAGUAAUGCUGGUUUCGCCUCCUGGUGUAUCUGGUAGCUCUGCCACACGCUCCCUAUUUGGAGGUACCAGCAGCCUGUCCUCCCUUAAAAUUUUAGCCUCCAGCCUGGUGUUUAACCUGGCUGAUGGCCAGUUCAGCAGCCGUGCAGACCUCAUUGAUGCUCCUGGCAGCUCUCUUGGCAGGGGAGCACAAGUGGCAGGGCUAGGAGCUUGUUAUGAUGCAAUGAACAACUUGAUAUGGACCUGCUCCAGUGAUUACAUUGAUCAGUGGUGCAAUCCUGGGAAUCAAGCUUUUCAUCAUGUGUGCCAUAGACUCGGUGUUAGCCAUGUCAUCAAAGAACCAAAAGAGGAAGUGGUUACUACUGGUGAGGUGAUGAAUCAGCUACUUCAUCAUGUAGGUGCUAUGUGUAUCCACCAGCUGAACUUGCUGGCCGCUAGCAGCAACAACCUGCCCCUGGGGGCCCUACUUGGUAAACAACAUCCCAUUGAGGCUCGUCACUUCAGCAGCAUCUGUGAUAUUAUGGAGAAGGCAAUGGUGAAUGGAGAUACCUGCAUCAUCCGCUGCAUCUUAGUGGUCUUCCAGGUGGUGUUUAGGUUUUUCAAUCCUCAGUCGGAGCAGAAUAGGGAGAGUGUGCGUCGUGCAGGUCUUCUCCUUUGGCAGUUACUUAUGGCUCCAGUGGAUCAGAUAGGAACAGAGAUACAGAAAGAAGUGUGCCUGGCUAUCAGCUCAGGCCUAAAUACUUUGUAUCAGGGAGAAGCUGAACUCAACAAGUUGCUGAAACUGGUUUUAACUGAAGGAGAACGAAACAGUGGACUGUCUCAACUUCGGGAUGUCAUCCUUACCAACUUGGCAGGCCAACUGCAGAAGAAUAGAUUUGGGAGUGAAGAAGAUGACCACUACAUUAAUUUUAUACCACUAUUUUACAGACUGAAUGAUGAGCUGUUGCAUUGUAUCCUCAAGACUGUAGUCCGUGAAUCUUGCCUCCUCAUCACCAAAUGCCAGACUGUUGCAAGAGAUGACUUCCAGAAGCUGCUCUCCACUGUGCCAGUGGUUUCACCUUGUCUGCGCUACCUCAUGGCUGUUCAAAACCACCUCCUCAGUAACACCAUUCUUAUCCGUCCGGAUGAUAAUGAUGACAGUGAUAGCUCCCUACAAGGGGAAACAAUGAAGGUACAGGACCUGCAAAGCAGCAUUCUGUCCCUAGCAACCAAAAUCUUAGUUGGAUGUGAUGAAGUACUGGAGACCUUGCAGCAGGUGACCACAGCUCUCAUUAACAGUGACAUACCUGACAAAGAGACCAGGUUGAAGGGCUUGGAACAGGUUACAAAAGCAACUAUGCUUGGGCACCUGCUUCCUGUCUUGCUCACAACUCUUAUGCACCCCAACUUGCAGACACUCACUCUUGCUGAUGCACUCAUGCCUCAGUUGGUGCAGCUAGUGCUCUACACAAGCCAGACUGCUCUGUUGCUCAAGACUCAGUCUCCACUUUUCACUGACGAUCCUCCACAUGUGGCUGGCUCUGUAGGGCAAGGAACUAAGGCAUGCAUAGCUGAUGACAAAAUUCUUGAUGAACGUGAGGAGCCGGGUUUCCUGACUGGACUGAAGAUCCCUGCCCCAUGGGCUGCUGGGAAAACGGUAGAGACGGUGCACCCUGUUCGGGAUAAUUACAAGUUCAAGGAGACGGUACACAUCCCAGGGGCCCGCUGCCUGUACCUUCGUUUUGAUUCUCGGUGUUCUUCACAGUAUGACUAUGACAAGUUGGUUAUCUAUGCUGGUCCCAACACCAACAGUCGAAAAGUAGCAGAAUAUGGAGGAAACACUCUAGGUUAUGGCAGUCGCAGUGUCUUGGGGACAGGAUGGCCUAAAGACCUUGUAAAGGUUGAAGGAGACACUGUUACAUUUUCCUUUGAGAUGAGGAGUGGACGUGAACACAACACUCCUGAUAAAGCCAUGUGGGGGUUCUCCUGCACUGUCAGAGCUCAGGAGUCCUCUGAGGAUGUAUCUGGAGGCCUUCCAUUUCUCGCUGACCUUGCACUGGGUCUGUCCGUGUUGGCUUGCUCAAUGCUCCGAAUUCUAUAUAACGGGCCGGAGGUGACAAGAGAGGAGGAAGCCUGCCAUGAUUUGCUCUGCUCGAAGCUCUUGCAAAGGUGUCAGUGGCAGGUGGAGGCAAAUGGUGCUAUUUCUCCGGCUCUCACACCGAGCCCUUCCCCCCUGCCCCUCACUAUUGAGGAGGACAGGGAGUUCACCUACCCCUCUGAUGUGCUCAUCCCACCUCCAGGUCUUAUGCCUGGGACCUACUUUGACUUACCUCGUAUCCGCCUUCCACCAGGGAUCAUGAGUAGGCUGAGAGAAGUGUCUGGAAGGGCUCGACCACAGUUCCGUCCUAGCAUUAAGGAGGUGAUCAGGCCGGACGUUAUGGAAGAAGUGAUAGUAUCCUGCGUCAUAAAACAUCUAAGUCUGAUGGAUGCCCUUCAAUCACUCGUCAACUAUCAGUAUCGUGAAGAUCACAUAGAGGAGUAUGAUCUUGUUUGUAAGAUCAUGGCAGAAACAUUCAAAAAGAUCAAUGCAAUGGAGCGUCAGUUGCAGAGUGUAGCAGAAUUGGAGCAGAAGUGGCAGAGUGAAGUAGAGGAGGCCCAGCAAGGAAAACUGGAAAACAAUACUCCCUUCUUCCAUGACUAUCACUUCUUUGAGAACAAAAUGAAGGAGCUGGAAUUACUGUGCUCCCUGAAGGAGGUCCCAUUUGAUUUUGGUGACUUGGAAAAUGUUGUCCUUGCAUUGAGGGAGAAGUUCUUUCAGGAGGUGAACAUGUCAAACAUCAGAAACAACACCCCGCUAGCCAAAACAAAAACGCUGGUGAAAAGUCUCAUGAACCGCUCGGAGCUGCUACUCCAUGUUACCAUCUCUCCGCACGGCAGAAGUUUGACUAACACACCUGCUGGCACAUCAAGUCCAGCAUCAAAGUCCGUGUCCGAUAACAAAACGGUGAUUCCUAUGGUCAAGCAGCCAGUCUUCUUGCGCAGCAUGUCUGCACCCUCUGACUUGGAGAUGAUUGCUAACCAAGAUCUGGAGUUUACACAUGCUCCACAAAGAAGGCGACACCAUCCGACCAGUCAUCGCAGCAGCUCAUUUACACUGCUGCAGUCUCUGACUGUUGAUGACAGCAGAGAUAAACCAACGUACAGCGUGCUGCUGGGACAGCUCUUUGCUUUUAUUGGGACUACACCUGAUCAGGCUGUGUCGAGCAGCAGCUUCCUGUCAGCUGCACAGACACGUUGGCGACGAGGCAGCACACGGAGGCAAGCACUAGUUCACAUGAGGGAAUUGCUCACGGCCGCUGUUAGAGUGGGUGGGGUCACCCAUCUGGUCGGACCUGUCACUAUGGUGCUGCAAGGUGGUCCAAGGACGGAGGAGCUGACCUGUGGUGGAAUGGUAGAGCAGGUACAGGAGGCCUUUGGAGAAACCAUGACAUCUGUAGUGUCACUGUGUGCUCGCUACCCCAUUGCUUGUGCCAACAGUAUUGGCUUGCUUUGCACAAUCCCCUACACCAGGAGUGAGGAGCAGUGCCUUGUUCGGAGUGGUCUUGUUCAGCUUUUGGAUAGCUUGUGUAGUUUAAGUGGUCAGAGAGAAUCCAGCUCAAAUGAGAAGCAGACAAAGAAGCAGAAGGUGGCCACCAUGGCUUGGGCUGCCUUUCAGGUGCUGGCCAACAGAUGCAUCGAGUGGGAGAAGGUGGAAGGCGGCUCUACAGAUGCAGUUCAUUCUGGUCUGGCAAGGCAGGUCUCCAGCCUGCUAACCAAUCACCUGGCCAGAGCAACAGAGUGCUGUGGCAAUCAGGCAGCUGGAAAUGAUGCUUUACAGGAUGUGCUCAGUCUGCUCAAUGAUCUUUCGAGGAGUCACAUAGGAAAAGCCAUCCUGAGUCAGCCUGCCUGUGUUUCUAAGCUCUUGUCUCUGCUGCUUGACCAGAGACCUUCUCCAAAGCUCGUACUCAUCAUCCUGCAGCUAUGCAGAGCUGCCCUGCCUCUUAUGAGUGUGGAGGACUGUGGUAAUGUAGCUCUGCCUUCAUGGAGCUACUCUAUUAACACUUUAGAUGCUGAACAACUGGAUGCCAGUGACCCAGCAUCCCGGAUCGCUGCCUUGCUGCUAGCUAAGCUAGCAGACUAUGUUGUACCAGGUUGCCAGACCCUUCUGUCUCCGAGCUUCUCUGAGCCAGACACUAGUCUGUCCCGGGCCAGUUCCAAAGGAGCUCUCAAGUCUGACGAUGUUGGUGAGGAAGCAGAGGCAGUUGAUGGCAAACUGUCAAUUUUUAUCCACAAGAGAGAGGAUCAGUCAUCUCACGAGGUUCUCCAACCACUUCUAAGCAGCUCUGAGGGACGUCCCUUCAGACUUGGCACUGGAGCAAACAUGGAAAAGGUGGUAAAGAUGGACAGAGAUAUGACGAAGAAUGGAAGCUGCGAGGUGAUCACAGAAGAAGCAUCUGCUGCUUUAAGGAAGGCCAACAAGUGGGCUCAGUCUGGACUCAUUGUGAGUGUUGGUCCCCCUGUGGAGACCUUGGCCCAAGAGACUGCUGGAGGCGUUACCACCGGUGACAAGAAGAAAACUGCUCAGACUGUUGUCUGUAGGGACAGGAAUGCUGAGUUGGCCAGGUCUGACCCUGUCCGGCCAUUUAUUAGUGGCCACGUUGCCAACAGCAUGGCGGCUGAAGUUAUUGCCUUGCUGCAUAGUCUGCUCACGGCUCCAGAGUCCAACACUGCACAGAUCUGGACGAGCACUGUGGAAAAAGUGCUUUCCCGUGCUCUAAUGUUUAUCCCUCUACUGGGGAAAUAUGCCGAGAGCAUCUUGGAGAACGGCAGCAGCAGUGGCAGAAAACUGGCUAAACUUCAGGCAAUUGGAAGACAGGCUGUUGCUGCACUCUGUGCACUGGGAGGUUUUAAGGAAACUAUUAAGAUUGGAUCUGAAGUCCAGGUGGUGGGUAGAGGAGUGCUGGGGAGUGUGGGUGUAGUUAUGUCCAUAAAUGAGCAGGAAGGAAUUGCUACUGUCAAAUUUCCUUCCUGUGAGUACAGGAGAGUUUGCAAAGCCUCAGAUACCCUGACUGUUCCAAUAUCACGACUUUGCACCCCUAGAUCUGAGGCUCUUCCUCUGUAUAAGCUCUCAAUCACAGAAAAGGUGGUACAAGCAGUGCAGUCUAUGCUUUUGCCACAGGAGGGCAGUCUCUCCAUUCACACCUCUCUACCAGCUACAGGAGAUGGCUCCAGCCCGGUAAUGGCUGCAGUCCGAUUGCUAGCUGAAAUCCGAACUCGAGCAUGCCUCGUAAUGGCACAGCUCUUGGAGGACAGCUCCUUUUGUGAAGAGUUCAUUCAACAGUGUCCUGCUGCGGUUGAGGUCCUUAAUCUGGUUGCACAGGAGUGCAGCCCUGGAGAGCGUCUUAGUAUGGUUGAAGCUCAGUGUGAAAGGGUAAGGAUGCUGUACCGGGACUGUGCUCGUCCACCACCUCCACCACUGCAGACAGACAGGCGGCAGCCCAAGGAGAUCACUUGGUGUCCAUCCAGAGUGUUCCCUCCUGUCCGUGCCUGUAUGUUCUCAUCCCGUCUGACCUCUGUGACCUUCUUGGCUGAUCCAAGUGCUGGAGGAGGGCUCCCCAGAGGAACCUUCAUCUAUGCCACCUCUCCUGUACCAGUGCAGGCACCAUCGUUUUACUGGGAGAUAGAAAUUGUCUCCUAUGGAGACUCUGAAGAGGACAGUGGCCCAAUUGUGUCCUUUGGCUUUGCCACAGAGGCAGAAAAGAGGGAUGGAGCAUGGACAAAUCCUGUUGGAACAUGUCUGUUUCAUAAUAAUGGUAGGGCAGUGCAUUAUAAUGGUUCCAGCUUGCUGCAGUGGAAGAGUGUCAGGCUGGAUGUGGCUCUACUUCCUGGUGACGUGGCUGGAAUAGGCUGGGAGCGUUCUGAAGGCACUCCCCCACCUCCUGGUCAGGCCCCUAAAGGCAGGGUGUACUUUACUUACUGUGGCCAGCGGCUGAGCCCUGUUCUUGAGGAUGUGGCGGGUGGAAUGUGGCCCCUGGUACAUAUUCAAAAGAAGAACUCAAAGAUCCGUGCAAACUUUGGAAGCCGCCCUUUUGCUUACGCAGAAGGCCAAGCGCACAGGAAUGCAGCUGACUUGUGCAUAGACCUGGCAGAAGAAAUAAGUGCAAAUUUUGAAGCGCUUCCCUUUGCUAUGGCCUCAGACAGUGAUAAUGAUGCAGGUGCAAGUGUUACUUCAGACUCUGGAUCUCACGGACCACCUUGUCGAAUUGCAGCUGUUGCAGUUGCCCAGCAACAGUACAACAGUGACCUAUCCUGCCACUACAAGGUAGAGCUGAGCUAUGAGAACCUGGUUACGUCUGGGCCUGACCCGCACCCCCCACCUAUUGCAGAUGAUGAGAGUGAUGAUGAAGAUGACGAUGAUGUCCCAAGAGAGGAUCACUAUGCACUUCUGGUGAAGGCCUGGGAAACAAAAGUGUUUCCUACAAUUCGGAGGCGGUUCCGUAAUGAGGCGGAGAGGAAAUCCGGCCUGGACCAAAUAAAGGGAGCUCUGCAGCUGGGCAUGGUUGACAUUGCAAGACAGACAGUGGAGUUCCUGUAUGAAGAAAAUGGUGGCAUUCCUCGUGAUCUCUACCUCCCUACUAUUGAGGACAUCAAAGACGAAGCCAACAAGUUCACUAUUGACAAAGUUCGCAAAGGGCUGACUGUUGUCAUCCGUUCUCCUGACAUUAACAAUACCAGCAGCACUACAGGGGGAACAGCAUUGCCCAAAUUUGCUAUCCGAGGCAUGUUGAAAACCUUUGGUUUGCAUGGCGUAGUGCUGGAUGUGGACUCUUCAAACGAGCUGGUGCAGGUGGAGACGUAUCUGCGAAGUGAGGGUGUACUAGUGAGAUACUGGUAUCCUAUUGAAAUGCUUGAGCGGCCACCUGCCGGGUCUCGACGCACUGCAGCAAAUGGUUUAGUCUCAUUGGAUAGCAGCAACAUUCAGAUUCAUAGAGAGCUUCUCCGCUGUGAAAGCGCACUGGCACGAUUAUACUGCCGCAUGGCCUUGCUAAACAUUUUUGCUCCCAAAAAUCCCCACACUUUCACUCGUCUCUUCCACAUACCUGCAAUCCGUGACAUUACCUUGGAACACCUGCAGCUUCUGUCAAAUCAGCUGCUGGCCCCACCCCUUCCUGAUGGUACUAUUAGUUCUAGUUCUGUUCUGUUGGCUCAGUCGUUGCUGCACAACCUUGAGGGACAAAGCUGUUCUCCCACAGAUCUGUUUUACCAGGGCAAUGCUCAACCCAUUCGGGAGUGGUUGACGGUAGCGAUCACACGUGCCUUGCAUCAAGGAGAAGAAAGUUUACUGGAGCUCACAAAGCAGAUCUGCUGCUUCCUACAGAAUGCACCUGAGCAGUUUACAUCUGAGGAGUUCCCUGUGGCUGAGUCGAAGGUUAGCAUGGACGUCAGUUUCCCAGGCGCUGCUUUUGUGAUUGUGUCCUGUAAAGAAAGCCAGCUAGGCUGCCGCAAGGACUCAAGCCUGUACAAGGCUCCCUGGGCCCGGGUCAUGGUGUAUGGACUGGGUCACAAAGUGCGUCGGAAUGGUCAGCUAAAUCUGAUGGAGGCUGUGUGCUAUCCUCUGGAUGCCUCACCCGCCAACACAGGCCUUACUCCCCCUCCUACCACCAACCAAUAUCCCUCUGUGAUCAUCCCUACUGAUAAAGUACACAUCAAGCUGGGAGUUUCACCCCCUCCUGGUGCUGUGGUCGUGCUGCACUCCUUGCCACUAGAGUUUCCACUUGCCAUGGCAUUUGCUGAACAGCUGUUGACAUGGAAGCUGGGUGAAAGUAGUGAGCGAUCGGAGGAUGAGUUGGAUACAGUGCCCUCAUCGGUGUUGCUGCAGGUGGUUGAGCUCCUAGGUAGUUUGCUUUGGACCACAGAUCUGGCUCCCUCCAUCAAAGAACUCGUCUUUCAUUUGUUAGCUGAACUUUUGCGAAAGAUCCACCACUUGGAGCAGCGUAAAAGCCCUGCUGGACUUUCCAGCUCUAUAGCUCUACUACUCAACCCCUGCCUUGCAGUGCUAAUGGCACUGCAGACAGAACUCCGAAAGCUGUACGACAGGGAAACUCAGGGAUGGACAGCUGGAGCGGCAGGAGCAGGAGGAUCUUCAUCUGGCGGCAUUGCUUUAGCGCUGGCAGCAGAGCAGAGUCGGUUCUCCACCUACUUUCAUGCCCUAAUGGAAGUAUGUCUGGCUGUGGCAGAGGUGACUCUUCCACUCAAUGUUGGCAGCUCUUCAGUGGGAGCCCUGUCCUCCACCAGUGCCCCCAACCUUAGUGAUUCUUCUUCAUCCUCUUCAUCGUCCCCAGGCCAGACUCCACAGAGUCCCAGCCUGCUAUCCAAACGUAAGAAGGUAAAGAUGAAGCGUGAGAGGGCCGCAGCUGCUGUGGCAGCAGCCGUUUCUGGCAAACGAGGAAAUGGAGGUGCAAGACUGUCGGAGAGUGACAGUGCCCUGCUGAACAUGGCGGGUAGUAAACCCGAGGACAUGUUGUGGUUCCACCGCUGCCUCACUCUCCUGAUGAUCUUACGGCAUCUUGCCAAUAAGGACCCGCAGGGUUUGAGCGUAACUAGCGAUGCUGUGACAGAUGCCUGCCAGGCCCUCGUGGGUCCCACCGCCCACAGUCGCCUGCUGGUGCUCUCAGGAAUCCCCACGCACCUGGAGGAAGCUGUGGUUCGAAAUGCUAUCCGUAGAGCCUGCAAUUCACAUGGAGGACUCUUCAAAGAUGAAGUCUUCAUCCCUCUGCAGGAUGAGGAUCCCAAGAAGAAAAUGGGAGCAGGGGGGGCAAUUCCUCAGGAUGGUAAGGGGGCCCCUGAACCUGAGCGGCCCCUCUCCAACAAUGGAGGUACAGAGAGUCCUGACAGCUCCAGCAGUGUCACUCCAGCGAUGAGUGUGAGCGCUUCUGCUUCUACAAGCCAGACCUCCAUCUGCAGCUCCUCUCAGGGGGUCUCCCGCACUGCCAGUGAACUCUCUGUGGAUCAAGAGCCUCCAGCUGCUCCACCUGUCACUCCUGCGGCUGCUGCUUCAGCUGUUACAUAUCCCCAACAAGGUCCACAAGACCCUCAGACAGUUUCUAGUCAAGAGAGUCUUGACACUUCCCUUUGCAGCACAGGGAGCCUGGGGAGUCUGGGCAGCUUUGGAGAGCCUGUCGACACUGCAGAAACGCCAUCUGUGUCAGAUGGCGGCUCUUUGCACACAGUCACUUCUUUGGAGAGCAAUGCAGCCACUACGAGGCCCAUCAAGGGCUAUGCAGUCAUUGAGGUUCGUUCUCGGGCCAAAGUGGAAAAGAUCCGGGCCAGUCUUUUUAACAGCAGUGACCUGAUUGGCUUGUCCAGCCUGGAGGGUGAAGAGGAGCUAAUGGAGCUGACCAAUGAGGAGAUCCUCACUGCUUCUAGUGUUAACCAAAGCCUGUUUGACACACAGGGAAGCUCUGCCCUUGAAGACUACUUCCUGGACAAGUCAAUCAAAGGUGACAAACUUGUACCUGGGGCACGAGAUGUUCUCACAGAUAUUUUUAAGAGCUGUGUGCUCUCGGAACAGAUGCUCAGCCUCACGCCAGCCAAACCUGUGAAAGUGUCUGACAUUUACCUCAGCAAGGAGCAGAUCAACUCUCAGACACCUGGCAACCUGCUGCAUACUUUCUUCACCAAUGUUCGUUCUCCAAAGAAAAUGCUUGAAGACCAGCUUACCCAGAUUCUAAGAAAAUAUGGAACGCCCAAGCCGAACAAAAACAAAUACAGCAAGGCGGGAAAAGAACAGCAUCAAAGCAAGGUAGUGAGCACCAAGAGAUCCAUCACCAAGCCUCCCACCAAGGAAAAGUCUGUUCUCAACAGCGUCAGGACUGCCCUGAGUGAGAAGAAAACAGUUCUGAAGCCAAAAUCUCCAGAGAAAUCCAGACCCGAUGAGAAAGAUGUGGAAAAAUCUCCUGCUAAAAAAACUGAAGGAACAGUUAGUGAAUUAACUGAACGUAGUGGUAAAAGGACUAAGAUGAUGUUUUACCCCACUAAAUGGACUAUUUCCACAGAUUCAGAAUGCUCCAUUACAGUUCCAGAGGAGAAGUACCUGACACUGGAAGGCUUCCAUAAAUUUUCGAUUGAUCGUGCCAAGCAGGAUGUUCGCAGCGUUUGGAGGGCCAUUUUGGCGUGUGGUUAUGAUCUACACUUUGAAAGGUGCACAUGCAUAGACACUCGCCAUGCCCAGAAGGCUUGUAGAAAGUGGAGCUUGGAAAUGGACGUGGCACUGGUGCAGUAUAUCAACAGACUGUGUCGUCACCUGGCUAUAACACCAGCCAGACUGCACCCCCAUGAAGUGUACCUGGACACCAAUGAUGCUGCUGAUCCUCGGGUGGCCUGCCUGCUCAAUGUGCCUGUGGAGAGCCUGCGCCUGCGCUUUGCUCUGCUGCAGUCUCUCAACAACACACUGGAGAGUUUCUUCCUGCCGCUGGUGGAGCUGAGACAGACAUUUACGUAUCAGAACAGUAUUGCAUCCCUGCUGUGUGAAGCCAAAGGUCUCAUCUCCUACGACGCAAAGGUUACUGUAAUGAACAGAGUACUCAAUGCCACAGUCCAGCGAACAGCUGACCAUGCUGCUCCAGAGAUAACUCUGGACCCUCUGGAGAUUGUUGGUGGUGAAAUCAGAUCAUCAGAGAACACAUAUUUCUGCCAAGCAGCACGGCAGCUAGCUUGUGUCCCAUCAUCCCAGCUCUGUGUCAAGCUUGCCAGUGGAGGAGACCCAACCUAUGCCUUCAACAUCCGCUUCACUGGAGAGGAAGUUCAUGGCACAAGUGGCUCUUUCAGACACUUCUUGUGGCAGGUGUGCAAGGAGUUACAGAGCUCAGCACUUUCCCUACUUCUCCCCUGUCCCAGUGCUGCAGCCAACCGUAAUAAGGGAAAGUACAUCCUGACUCCCUGCCCUAUCAGCUAUGCAGAGGAACAAUUGUUGCAGUUCUUUGGUCAACUACUGGGCAUAGCCAUCCGUGCAGAUGUGCCACUUCCUUUGGACUUGUUGGGCUCUUUUUGGAAGGGCCUUGUGGGUGAGCCUCUUGAUCCAGAGCAGGACUUGCAGGAAGCCGACUUGCUCACCUACAACUACGUUAAAAAAUUUGAAAAUGUGACUGAUGAGAGUGAGUUGGAAGCUCUUUGUGCUGAAAUCUCCUCCCAGCAUCAUUCAGGAGAAAGCCCAGACUCACCCAGCCGCCCAUGCUGCACUUUCACCUACAUCACUAUGACUGGUGAAGAGGUGGAACUGUGUCAGGGGGGGCACAGCCUCACAGUCAGCUGGGAGAACAAAGACAUGUAUGUGCGAGCUGUGCGGAGCCUUCGUAUGAGGGAGCUGCUGAAUGUGGAGUGCAUGACAGCAGUGCGCGCGGGCCUCAGUUCCAUCAUCCCCCUGCAGUUGCUCACCAUGCUCAGCCCCCUGGAGAUCGAGCUGCGCACUUGUGGCUUGCCUUACAUCAACCUGGAAUUCCUCAAGGCUCACACCAUGUAUCAAGUGGGUCUGAUGGAGACCGACCAGCACAUAGAGUUCUUCUGGACUGCCCUGGAGAUGUUCACUCAGGAAGAGCUCUGCAAGUUCAUUAAGUUUGCGUGCAACCAGGAGCGCAUCCCAUUCACCUGCCCCUGCAAAGAUGGGGGGCCGGACACAGCCCAUGUUCCCCCAUAUCCCAUGAAGAUUGCUCCUCCUGACGGGACUGCAGGUCAGCCAGACUCGCGCUACAUUCGAGUGGAAACCUGCAUGUUCAUGGUGAAACUGCCUCAGUACACUUCUUUGGACGUGAUGCUGGAGAAACUGCGCUAUGCCAUCCAUUACCGCGAGGACCCCCUGAGUGGCUAAAACAAACUUCCACCCAACAUUCCCAAACAUAUGUACCUGGCACUUCAAUCCCACUCCCACACUCAUGGACCGUCCCCGGAGACAGUCCAUAAUAUGCUUUACUGCACCGAUAAGCCACUAAAUUAAAAAAGUUUUAUUUUUUGGUGGCAUUUAAGGUUUUCUUUAUCUGAGAUGUUUUAUUGCUGUUUACAAAAAUUCAUCAUUUCAUGAUUACGUUUGGUAUUUUUUUUUAGGGAAUUCAGGGAAGACGAUCUCGAUCAGCACUUGCAUCUCUGAGUCUGAUCCAGUUACACUGAGUUUGAAGAUGGCAUUAGCUGUGAGACAGUUCUCGUUUGUCUUGUUUUUCACUCCCUUUUCUUUCUUCAACAAAGGGUUUGAAGAGGUCAGGUCUGUGAAUUUAACAGCUUAAUGGGAUCAUUUCAGUCAGCACUUUGCAGGUGCAUGUCCAGUUGCUGAAUGUUUUAGCAUUGUAACAGUGGUCUGCAAGACCAGCUCUUUUCGUAGUUGUGGGAGUUGGCAUUGCUAUGCAGACUACAAUCAAACACCCCCACCCCCUAAUGAUGCACACAGCUGCCUCUGUCUGUGUCCUCUUAAGGGAUGGGGAUGUUCUGAACCAAGCAUUUGCUGUAUAGGUCUCCGUUGCGAGCUCUAUAUUGGUAAUAUGUGAUUUUAAAAAGACAAAAACAGAAAAAUCCAAAUGCCUGUCAAAUAAUAAUCUGACAUUUGAAGAGGAGGUACGAUUACUAGGAAAUAAGAAAUACCGAUAUGAUGCCUAUUUCUGGCACA